AUGUCUUUAGGACCAGGAGGGCUGCAUAUGAACGAAGAUUAUGCGCCGCAGGCGCAACGACCGGUACAAGGGGUGCGGGCGCAGAACGGGCGACCCACUCCUCGCGCACCUGCUGGCACGCAACAGGGUGCAACCCCAGCCUCAGCUAGGACGGGGACUCCCCAUCCUACAGCAAGCUCACGCGAAGAUCCUAAGCGGCUUCUUAAUGCAUACAUUUACGACUUUCUAUCAAAGUCUUCGCUAAAUGAAACUGCGGAGGCUUUUUCUCGCGAAGCAGUAAUCGAAGAAAACGGGCAGCGCCCAACCCAAGACAAUAGAUUCAAACCACAAAACGAUGCUCCGCAAGGGUUCUUAUAUGAGUGGUGGCAAAUAUUCUGGGACGUAUUUAACGCCCGAACUCACAGAGGCGGAUCGGAAAUGGCCCAACAGUAUUUUCAACUGCAAUUUGACUCGAGGCGACAGGAACACACGUAUCGUAACGUAGCGAUGCACGCAGCCCGUAUGCAGCAACAAGUUGAGCAGCGCGGUGACUACCAAGGUGAAGUGUUUGAUCCUAUGAUGUUCGCUAUGAUGUUCUCGGGCAACGCUUACGCUGCACCAAUGUAUGAUAAGUCGACGGACAACGGAAUGCGGCCGACUGCUUUCCAGCGACAGGUGCCUUCGCAGCAAUUGCAGAACUCUCAACUGCAAGCACGUUCUGCUAGACCACCACAAAGGCAGCAAGAACCCCAGAGCCAGGUACAUGCGCCAGGCCAGACGCAAGCGCAUGCCCAGGCUCAGGCUCAGGCUCAGGCUCAGGCUCAGGCUCAGGCUCAAGCUCAGGCUCAGGUUCAGGCUCAGGCUCAAGCUCAAGCUCAGGCUCAGGCUCAAGCUCAGGCUCAGGCUCAGGCUCAGGCUCAAGCUCGUGCUCAAGCUCAGGCACGGGCACAGGCUCAGGCGCAGGCGCAGGCGCAGGCUCAAGCUCAAGCUCAGGCACAAGCUCAAGCUCAAGCUCAAGCUCAGGCACAAGCUCAAGCUCAAGCUCAAGCUCAGGCACAAGCUCAAGCUCAAGCUCAAGUUCAAGCUCAGGCUCAAGCUCAGGCUCAGGCUCAGGCUCAGGCUCAGGCUCAGGCUCAAGCUCAAGCUCAAGCUCAGGCUGAGGCUCAGGCUCAAGCUCAAGCUCAGGCUCAGGCUCAGGCUCAGGCUCAGGCUCAAGUACAUGCACAGCAAAUGAGACAACGACAAGCACCAAUGGCAGCAUCCCACGUUCAGCAGCAUGCCCAACCGCAACACCGUCAGCAGCAGCAGACCAUGUAUGCUCAGCUUAUGCAGCAGCAGCAGCAGCGUCAACAUCAACAGCUGCAGCAACAGCAGCAACAACCUCAAUCAUCUCAAAUGUAUGCUCAGCAGAUGAUGAUGAAUGGCGGCAACCCCAACGCUUUGGCAUUACAAGGCGCCAAUGCACCUGUGUAUAUGGGUCCUGUUAGAAAUGUCCCCAUGAAGCCCAAUUUCCAAGCUUCUUACAUGCCGCAAGCUGUGCAGCCUCAAAUGCAACAAAAGCAUCAGCUGUCUCCGGCGCACCAGCACCAGCAGCAGCGAAGUCCUCAGCACCAGCAACAGCAACAGCAACAGCAACAGCAACAGCACCAGCAGCAUCAGCAGCACCAGCAACAGCAACAGCAACAGCAACAGCAACAGCAACAGCAACAGCAACAGCAACAGCAACAGCAACAGCAACAGCAACAGCAACAGCAACAGCAACAGCAACAGCAUCAGCACCAGAACCAGCAGCAACAGCACCAGCAGCCGCAUCCCCAACAAUAUCCACAACAACACCAUCAAAAUCAAAAUCAAAAUCAACAACACCAACAACAUCAACAGCAGAGGCAUCAGCAGCGCCAGCAGCAUCCACAACAAUAUCCGCAACAGCAGCAGCAAGUUGCCUCCGCUAACCCUAGCGGCUAUGCAAACCCAUCCUCUGCUAAGAAGAGAUUACCGCAGUCCGACGGCUCGCCUGAUACUGAUGGUGUCGUCAAACCCGAUGCUCACCUCUCUAGUACGGAAGGCCUCUACAACUACCAAAAACAGCUUCUUAUGCUCGAAAAGGAAAAUGAGAAGGUGGUGACGUAUAGAUCUACCGCCUCCACCCCCGGGCUGGGCGGGCCGCCGCAACAAUCUUCAGGUGCUCCUAACAAGCCAAGCUCCGUGGCAGGGUAUGCGGGCGUAUCGCCACUUCCUAUUAAUUCGAUCAACAGCCCAGCCAGCCUGGGCACAGCGCCUAAAUCAAAAGAAGCAAUGAGACGAAAGUCGAUUUCAACGCAAGCUACUGGGCCCGCCGUGAAUGCUGGCCGUAAAAACCAGUCAGAGCCCGUUACACCAAUUGGGCCUAUGACACCUGCUAGUGGCAGCCUCAAUAGAUUGGCGCCGCCUAGUGCUCUAUCCACAGUCACAGAGACGCCUCUCAAAGCCUCUGGUGAACAAGCAGACCGAAUGGCAGGCAAAACAACUUCCGCUAAGAGAGUUAAGAGGCUGAAAAAAAUGCCGUCCGCCAACAACUUGGGCACUGGAGCUCGCCCUUCGUCACCUUCUCUUGACAACGUCCUUGAAGCCAAGAACUCUAAGAGAAUCAGCCGCGCAAAGCCUAAAAAAUCAUCAGGCGUGUCAGGAAUUAAGGUGAGUAGAAUUGCCAGGUCAGCCGGGACCACUCCUUUAACUACCGAAGACGUUCUUCCUGGAAGUACCAGCAGUAAUGAUACUGGUAGUAAUGUUUUCCCCGCCUCAGUGGCAACCGAUCCGACGCCUCAGACAGAUUUUGAUCCUUUGGGGCAGAAUGAUCCUACACUUGGUACAACCAACUACGACUUUGAGGACGAUGACAUUUUCAAUAUUGACAGCGGUUUGCUUGACAAGUCGGCGCCUUCGAAGGCCCAAUCAACCACGCAGAGCGCUCAGCGCCCACAAGACGAUUUACCGAUUGACGAGCCGUUUAACCUUGAUUUCCUCGACCCUGCAUCGACUAUGAAUUACAAUGACUUAAAUCAGUUAAAUUGGCAGUGA